AUGAACCACGACGCACUAAAGUCAAUAGUAACAGAGACUCAGUUGGACUUAAAUCAGAAGUGUCAGCCAGUAAGAAAGAUAGAGAAUGUUUGUAAUAUCAUCAUGAUAUCUAACAACUUCAACUCAGUAAAGAUUGAUAAAGACGACAGAAGAUUUGUUGUCAUUGACGUAAGCAGCAGAUACAAAGGAAAUUACGAAUAUUUCUCAAAUCUCAUUGAAAGCUUUAAUGAAGAGUUUUAUUCAAACUUACUGACGUACUUCAUGAAGAAAGAUUUAAGUGAAUUUGAUGUAAGGAAGAUACCAUUCACCAGGGCUAAACAAGAACUCAUCGAAAUGAACAAAACACCUUACCAAAUGUUUUACGAGGAGUUCUAUGAAAAGUUUGUAUCCGGAUGGAAUUGUACAGAGUGCUACAGAAGAUAUAAAGAAUUUGCGAAGGAGAAUGAAUUCUUUGCAUGUAGUUCAAAUGUAUUUGGCGGCAAGAUGAGAGAAUUUGUGAAGAGAAGUAGAAAGCGAGACGGUUCUGCAAGAAGUUAUAUUUACGAAGCAAGUAUGAUAUUAGAAGGUCGUGGAAAGAAAGAAACAGUGAAUUAUGAGGAAGUGCUUGAAAAAUUCAUGGAGUACAUGGGAAGCAAUAUAACAUACAACAAAGACAUAUAUAGUGAGUUUAAGUACUACUGUGAACAGCAUGAGAUUGAAGUAAUGAGUAAAGGAGACUUUGAAACGCUUAUGAAAGACAGUGAGGAGGUCAUACAUGAGAACAGUGUUGAAAUAGUUCAUGAGAACAGUGAGGAGGUCAUACAUGAGAACAGUGUUGAAAUAGUUCACGAUGUCGUUCGUGAAGAAGCCAUUGCAACAAAGAAUGAGAUAAAGGAUUUCAUAGAACUUAACAAGGAGGAGUUUAAAGAAGGCUAUGAAGUGAAAAGAUGUGAAGAAGAUUUCUUGGCGUAUUUGAAGAAAAAGAGACUAAAGUCAAUGGCUCAAAAUAAGUUUCAAUCGAUGUUUGAAAAGAAACGUUUGAGCUAUGGUGGUGUAAGAAGCACACAUUACUUUGUUAAGAAGUGA